GCACAGUGGUCAAAACGACAAGAAGUGGCAUCGAAUACAAUACAAUACAAUAGUACAUUACUAGUAAAUAAUGGAUAAUAUUUAAUCAACGACUUCAAUUUGACUUCACCUUACUCACCGCUCCUACUUCCUCUACUGCCUCUCUCUCACUCCGCCCGCCGGCCAACAUCCCCAGCUACCUGCUAACCUACGCCGGCGUGGCAAUGUUAACACCAAGAUCACACCCACUCUGUUGCAACAACCACUUCGUGUUGGUGACAGUUGUUGUGCUCAUUAUCUUCCACACUCUUCUUCUCCUACCUCAUUCCUCUCUCGCCAUCCGACCUACUCACUCCGAUCCUUUCCAUCUCACAAACUCCACCGACUCCAAUGUCUCCCUCUCCACCCCUCGACACGGUAGUUUCGCCGAUAUAAUCGAUCGAGCUCUUCAGCACGAGUUUACCGACAACGAACAAAACGAAGUGCCUGAUGCGGGAGGUUUCAAUAACAGUGUAGCAGAACAGCAGGCUGUUUUGGAGACUGUGGCCAGAGUCACUCCAAACAAGAAUGACACCAAAGAUGAAAAGUCAUAUGCACUCCAUCGUGUUUUCAAUAGAGGUGAGGAAACCCCAACGUUGAUAGAUCGAAAGGACAAUGUAUUUAUCAUUUCUAACUUUAAAUCCAAGUAUCCGGUGCUGCAGCUAGAUUUAAGAUUGAUUUCAGACCUGGUAGUUGCUAUUGUUUCGGCAACUUGUGGCGGCGUUGCAUUUGCUUUUGCUGGACAACCGGUCAUUACUGGAUAUCUUCUAGCUGGCUCCAUUGUUGGACCUGGAGGCUUCAACUUCAUCAACGAAAUGGUGCAGGUGGAAACAGUGGCUCAAUUUGGCGUAAUAUUUCUUCUCUUUGCAUUGGGCCUGGAGUUUUCCAUGACAAAGCUUCGAGUUGUUCGAUCCGUUGCUGUUCUUGGAGGCUUGCUUCAGAUUUUUCUAUUUAUAUGCAUGUGUGGACUUACUGUGUCGUUAUGUGGUGGUAAAGCUUCAGAAGGGAUUUUUGUUGGUGCUUUUCUUUCUAUGUCUUCAACAGCAGUGGUCUUGAAGUUUUUGAUGGAAAAGAACACUACUAAUGCCCUUCAUGGACAAGUCACAAUUGGGACCCUUAUUUUACAGGAUUGUGCUGUUGGGUUGCUCUUUGCAUUGCUUCCUGUUUUGGGUGGCACCUCAGGUGUUUUUCAAGGAGUGUUAUCAAUGACAAAACUGCUGGUGACAUUGAUUGCAUUUCUCUCUAUUCUGUCAAUAUUGUCUCGCACUUGCCUUCCGUGGUUUCUUAAACUGAUGAUAAGCCUAUCAUCACAGACAAAUGAACUUUAUCAGCUGGCGUCUGUUGCAUUCUGCUUGCUUGUAGCCUGGUGUAGCGAUAAGCUGGGACUAAGUCUAGAACUAGGUGCCUUUGCUGCUGGAGUGAUGAUUGCAACCACUGAUUUGGCUCAACAUACACUAGAGCAAAUUGAACCUAUUUGCAAUCUUUUUGCUGCUCUUUUCCUUGCUAGCAUUGGAAUGCUGAUUCAUGUUCAUUUUCUCUGGAAUCAUGUCGAUAUUUUGGUAGCAUCGGUUAUUUUGGUGAUUGUUAUAAAAACAAUCAUAAUUGCUUCAGUUGUGAAAGGAUUUGGUUACAACAACAAGACUUCAGUACUUGUAGGAAUGUCGAUGGCACAGAUAGGAGAAUUUGCUUUUGUUCUUCUCAGUCGUGCUUCAAAUCUUCAUCUAGUUGAGGGUAAACUAUAUCUGCUGCUUCUUGGGACCACAGCUCUUAGUCUGGUAACGACUCCUUUACUUUUCAAGCUGACUCCUGCUGUAGUGCAUCUUGGUGUGCUGUUAAGGUGGUUUUCUCCUGACAGUUCAGUAGAGAUUGGAUAUAAGAUAGAUAACCUCCGCUCAGAUAGUGGUAAGCUGCGGAUAGUUUUGAUGGACCAAGAAUCUCAUGAUUGUUGAUCAUUAACAAAGGAAUUUCCAUUUUUCCGCGUCGUUAUUUUCAACAGAGUUAUGGAAGGUGUUGUUCAAAAGAAUUUGAUCGAACUGAAGUUUUUAUUGAAUCAUCCAAACAUAAUCCAUGAUGGGUACUUGCAUACCAAACUGACCAAAUACUAACCAAGGCAACCGAUCCAAACCCCAUUAAAGUAAAGAACAGGGGAAAGGAUUGAUAUAAGAGUAAAGAAAACUAACAAGACCAAUUGUGAUGCUGUGGGAGGUAUUCAUUCCAUAACUUCACUUUACAUUCAUUUUUGUAUUCAUGAUCAUAAAUGUAUGGUAUGGUUUUAAACUAUGUAAUCUUAUUAAGAGUCGCUAUUCUUAUUUCUGCAAGAAUAGUGCGUGUGUAUUCCUUUCUAGCAUCUGUGGCGUCAGUUGAAUGGCUGGGCUUUGUAUAUCUAAUGGCUGAAGCAAUUUGUUUAUUUUUAUUCUUUGCUGAUUAAAGGCUAAAGCAAUUUGUAUUUGUGUUUUGGACAGUGCAGUUGAUACUUACGUAUGUAUAGAUUAUUAUAAUUAUAGUGAUAUCACGUUUGCACAUUUUGUAUUA